AUGCAAGUGUCAGCAAUGGAGACCAUGAUCCAGAGUGAGAGCCAGAGGAGGCUGGGACGCGGCGACAAUGAAUAUGCCCAUUAUGCCCAGAACACAACUUCAAAACACCACUCACCGAUUGAAUACUGCCAUACCUUUUCCGUGAGCAGCGACAACAGCCUCGACGAGUUUAUGGCUCAGAGCUGGAUUCCAGAGCCUCUGCUGGACCUGUCGUGGAAUGACAUUCGAGAUGUCCAGGACCAGUGGCAGCAUGCGACGUCCUUAUCGUCACAGGGCGACUUUGCACAACAUUGUCAAACUCUAGCAUAUCCCAUGAGCUCUAACGACUCAGCUAUCUCAGUCGGUUACUCAUACGACGAAUUUGAGAGUCAGAUAGCCUUGGAGAACGGAUGUGGUGCAGCUGGGUAUCAGCCUUGCAUGGGGACAGUCAAUCACGUCGCUGGAGGGUACGGACCGGACUUCCCUUCUCAGACACCGCAGAUUCCUGUCACCAUACCAGCCCACCAGAGUGCCUAUCCGCUAUCAAAGCAUAGGCCUAUGAAUAGUACCUUUCACUCAAACAAUGUACUGACAGGGUAUACUGAUACUGGAAUACGUUCUUUCACUUGCAACACCGACCUGAGCCUGGGUACCACUGAUGUUACUUGGAUACCUUUUACCCCAGUCCAACCCCAGCAACAUCACAUUGCUACAACUACACCACCCAUCUCAAAGCCUGAGAAGCCAACUUCUUCUCCCGUUGGGUUAUCUCUAGAUUGGUCAACUAGUGAACAGCCACUUGAGACAUUCAUCAAACAAAGGAAAGCCUCUAUCGCCCCGGCAGCCAAACGUAAAUACACUUCACCACGCCCCUCAGCCGAGACAGUUCAGCCCGACUGUCAUAUUGAAGAAUGUGUUAGUGUUUUUGAGAACGCACCUGGUGCGUUGGCGACGGUCAAGAAGAGGAAGAAGCUUGAUGAGCCUGUCAGGAAGGCGGCGAGGGAUGUGAGGAAAGCAGGGGCUUGCCAUCAGUGUCGGUUUCGGAAGAGGACGUGCUCGACUGGUACGCCAUGUGGAUCUUGUCUGAAAACUGGGAAAGGCCUACAUGAGAUCAGGUGUCAGAGGGAGAGUCCAUUCAUUGGGAAGCCAGUGCAUGAAUACUUCGAAUACUCGUCCACACGACGUGUUGUCUCCUUUGACAUUUUCGUCACACCAGACGCUCUCGACAGCCAUGAAGAGUACUUCGUGUUGAUCGAUGGCGUCGACCGGCUUUCUCAUCCUAUCAGACUCCGCGCUCGUCGCAAACUUCUCAAUAGUUUCACUACAGCGGAACAGGUCGCUAUCAGGCGAACGCAGGAUAGGAAAAAACUCGGCACGUGUACUAACGAUGCGCCCAUAGAGGUCACUAUCUUGGAAGAUGAUGAGACUUUAGGCACACGUGUUGAGCAAUGGGCUGUGGAGUACUCCUCGCAAUUCGUGCAUGCUGCAGAUUCAAAGUUUCAGUGUGCUACCAUUGCUGUAAUCCUUGGGACCGCGUAUGUGAAGAAGGGCUUACCUGAGUCUCCCCUCGUAGCAGCAAUGCUUCGCGUCGCAUCUCUCGCCUUCAUCCUUCGCGCGGGCGUAAAAUGUACUCCUACCCCAUCCCCCAACUCAAACGCCUCAGAUCCACCCUCACAUGCCUAUUUCCGCACCACUGAAGCCACAGUCGACACCAUCCUUUACCAGCGUCUCCAACUCGCAUGCAAGGACCUCUUCACCAUGCUGCAGCGUCUCGUCUUUCGUAAAGCGGGUUUCUUGACCCGCGAGCAGAUAUACCCUGUGGCGUUGGUGUUCUGGCAGAUUUUGAGGAUAUUGUGUUUGGGUGCUAGUCAUUUGUCGAAUAUUGUCAUGAGGUUUAAUGAGAAAGCACGCGGUCAAUCCGACUUUUUAACCCACACGCUCAAACUCCUCCUUUCAACACACCUCGCGCUCUUCCGCUCCUCAAACCCUCUGCUGCUGUCUUUCACCGCUCCAAGCCCAUCUUCACGCUGCCCAUCCACCAAAUCAUUUAAAGCAGCAUCAAAGUCAUCUUCCAAACUCUCCUCGAAACAAUGCCAGAAGUCGUCUUCAAAACCAACUCCUUCACCAACCUCGGUCACAACCCCCGAUUCCACCGCGGCAUCACCCCGCACCAAAGAGUCAGAAAGCAAAGACACAGAGCACAAAAACAGCAAUGACCUCCUAGGCAACGAUCCGCACCUCCUGGAUUUAGCGAACAAGAUGCGCGAUACGGUACUGACGUUCCGCGAGAAGGGAUGUCCGGAGAUGAAGGGUAGUAUGGCGUUUAAGAAGGAGUAUUUGGAUUUGUUUAGGAGUGUUUAUGUGGGGCUGUAG